GUAAACCCGGACUGAUGACGCAGCUGCAGGCGCCAAAAUCAAAACCAUAAACAGCUCGACGAGAGAGAAGAGACGAAGUUUAACCUGGAAUAAAGAGACGUGCUACAGACAGACAUGCAGGGAGCGUCUGCGACAGGUGUUUUGAGUCACCUGAGUCGGCUGGAAGUUCAGGCGAGGAGCCGGAAAACUGAACCCCAGCAGAGGAGCCGUGUGACGGAGCUGAAGGCUGCAGCCGAGCAGCUGAGGAUGCGGAGGGAGCAGCUGAGGGCGGAGGUGGAGACUCACAAGAAUCUGCAGAAACUCAGGACGUCCAUGGACAAACGGCGUGAAGACGAAGAAGGAGAGGAGGGAAUGGAUGAAGACUCUGAGGACUCCGAACUACUGCGGCUGAUGGCGAGACACACACAACUGAAUGACCUUCUGUACGCUCAUCACAUCAUUGGCGGUUAUGACGCCAUAAAGACUCGUCAAGGCCAAGGACUGUGCCUGUCUCUGCCGACCGCCUACGAUGGCGUCUUCCUAGAAACCUACAACCUGGAGAUAGACGUGAAGCCAACGCCGAGGAUCGCUCGGCACAACAUCCCUCCGUUCAUUCCCCUGAGCGACCUGGUCGAGCAGAGCGACAUGAAGACAGACAUCAGGGCGUUCCUGGACACCCUCAGCCAACAUCUCAACGCUCUCAGCGGCCGCAAGCAGCAGCUGAAGCUCGUGAAGGAACUCCAUAAAUCCGUGGAAGUGAUGGAGAGUAACGCUUUGUGUUCGAUACUGGUGAUGAUGGUCACCGUGCCCAAAGAGAAGACGGCCAUUCUCUGCACACUGGACUACACCGACCACACCAGAUGUCUCCCAACACGAGUCCACUUUGAGUGUAACGGCAAGCCGCUCGCCGACUCUCCAGACUGGGAUAAAACCCGCAGUCUGCUCCUGGAAACUCCUGUGCACAAAGCUUUGUCAACCAUGAGGAGGAUGGGGAAUAUUGUGUAAUUUAUUCAAAAAUAUGAUGCGGAAAAAUCUGUACAUUUUUUAUGUUUAUAACAAAACACUGUUAGUUAAACUCUUCUUAUUGAUGCUGAGGUAUUAAUCUGAGUGCAGAGUGAACUUCCUCUACGGGGGUUCCACGUGUAUUUCAUGUGGCGUCUUGUCCUUGAGUUUUUCGAUGAACGCCGCCACCCUCUUGUGUAAAGUUUCCCUCUGAAACUGUCGCAGCUUCUCCAUUUCCUCUCGGGCUCUCUGCUGUCGCCUGGCCAGCUCUUUUUCUGAGAUUGAGUCGAUAGUCGCGAUGUUUUUCAUCUGCAUGAGAGACAGGCUGCUCCGGAUGUUGCCUCUGCGUCUCACCGAGCCGGCGGGUUGGACAGACGGCGGUGGAGCUGAUACGGACCGACUCUGCUCCACGGGGUCGGAUCCCUUUUUGUGGCGUGACAUGCUGGAGCACAACCUCCUGCCGUCAGUGCAGUGCGUCUCCGCGUCGAUUUCUUUCAUAGCGAUGGUGACCGUGGCUUUGGGCUCGCAGACUUUCACCAUCACCAUCCUGCUCUGUUCUUUUACCAGCGAGUCUCUCCUUUGUUGAAGCAUUUUGCGAGUGUACCUGUACUGUCUGUCCAACAUGUUCAGCUUGUGCUGGAGCUCCCUGUCCUCCUUUUGGUUCAACACCCUCAGAUCUCUUUGCAGCACAUCAGAUCUUCUUCUUUGAUCCAUCACAUACAAACACUAGAAGGAAAAAAAAAUGUAUUUCUGAGUCAAUUUUUAAAAAGAAUUCAUCAAAUUAAAGCAAUUCUCUUAUUUUCUCACCUGAUCUGUGAGCAACGUCCCCACAGAGAGCUUGUGUUAUACAGUUGUGUUUGCUGCUAUGGCCGUCUCAGCGUAUGUAACAUAAUAGCCUAUUAUGUUUUGAAGUAAAGUGGAUGGGAUUGUUGGGUCAUUGUGUGCUGUCACGUUCCUCACAGAUUCAAUUUCAAUUUCCCAGUCACGGGGCUCCUCGCAGCUCAUACAAAUCGAAUAACAAUGAGUCAGUGUGGCAAAGUCAGCCGACGUUCUCACGUGAUCUCUCACUGUUUGGGGUCGACGACUUGUUUCAGAGUUUCUGUGGGAGUUCAAUUUAUACUUGUACUGUCUGUCAUUGUAAUAAAAGGAGAAAUGUUCAGAAUGCAA